AUGAAAGCCAUCAGCCCGGUGCGGUCCGUCCGGAGCUGCUACGAAGCCGUUUGCUGCCUCUCAGAGCAGAGCUUGGCUAUCGCCCGGGGGAGCAGCAACAAGAGCCCGGCCCUGGAAGAACCCAUGAACUUGCUGUACGAUAUGAACGACUGUUAUUCAAAGCUGCGGGAGCUGGUGCCGGGAAUCCCGCAGGGCAGCAAGGAGAUCCUCCAGCAUGUCAUCGACUACAUCUUCGACCUCCAGAUCGUGCUGGAGGAGGGGGGCAAGAGCCGAGACCCCUCUUCUGAGGCCACCCUGCUCUCCUUGAAG